UCCUACACCGUUCUCAGCCAGGCGAUGUCCCAAGCCGUCCACCACGAGUUCGGAACGUACGGCAGCGGGGCGAUGAUCGGUGGCGAUGCCGGAGGUUCCUGCGCCAUCGAUGACAUUGACUGUCUGGCUCAUCACGACCAACUGGGCAUGGAAGCAAUUCGAUCGUUGCAUCGCCAGCUCGACGACGACGAUAACGGUGAUAUUGAUCUGACCGAAUCUGACGACUUCUUGCGAGAAGAACUCAAGUACGACUCUGGCUACGAGAAGCGGCACAAGGCGUUCCACUUCAACGACGACAUGCACAUAUCGGUGAAGGAACUGUGGGAAGCCUGGUUGCGCUCCGAGGUGCACAACUGGACGGUGGACCAAACGACGGAGUGGUUGGCGCAAAGCGUCCAGCUGCCACAAUACGUGCAUCUCUUCCGCCUGCACAAAGUCACCGGGAAGGUGUUGCCGCGGCUCGCGGUGAACAACAUGCACUACGUGAGCAAUGUGCUCGGCAUCAAGGAUCCCAUCCACAAGCAGAAGAUCGCCCUCAAGGCGAUGGAUGCGGUUCUGUUCGGUCCACCGCGCGAAACUGGCACGCGGUGGAAGGAUCUGCUGCUCGUCACGCUGCUGCUGACGGCGAUCAUAGGCAGCUGGUAUGCCUAUCAUCAGAACAAGAGCGCCAAAAUACACAUCCGGCGCAUGGCGAAGGACGUCGAGGGUCUGCUGAAGGCGGAAGUCGCACUGAAAGAGAUGCAGAAGGAGCUCGAGCAGGCACGCAUCGAGCAGGAGAACGUCGGGAAGGAGAAGAUGGACCUCGAACGGCGGCUCCGGGAAGCGCCCACGCUCUCCUCGUCCAGCUCCGAUCUGGAGCUGCAGCAGCUCAAGCAAGAGAUCGAGGUGCUGCGAUCCGAGCUGAACCGGGCCGAGGUGGAGAUUCACGAUCACUGUUGGACGCCCCCGCAGGGCCUCCAGAACUGGCUGCAGCUCACGUACGAGCUCGAGAACAAGCACCACAUCCGCAAGCGCAUUAUGGCGGAAAAGCAGCUCGAGCAGGCACGCGAAGCGUGUGAAAAGCUGCGCAAAAAGCGUUCGAGCCUGGUCGGUGCGUUCGUCUCGACGCACGGCAAAAGCAUCGAUGACGUCGAUCGCAGCAUCGUCGAGGCCCGGAAUGCCCUCAAUGACGUCACCAACGAUCUGCAGGAGCGGAUGCACCGAUGGAAGCAGAUCGAAACCAUGCUCGGGUUCAGCAUCGUCAACAACAGUGGCAUCGCGCACCUGGAGAACUUGCUCUACAACCGUAACGGUGUUGCCGGCAAAUCCUACCGAUCCCGUCUGUCGAGUAGUCAGGACGAUCUGGACGAUGAUUCCGUGCAAGGUAAGCCGAUCAGCUUUGACAAUUUUUCUAUGUUCGCGUCGGAAUAA